GAAAACUCGAACGCCGGCGUAAGUUCGAAAAGCGGAUGUGGGUGCCUGAAGAAAGCUUCAUCAGCUACUAUAACGACAAACGCACAUUGAGCAGCGACUUGAGCCUUAGCGAUGAAGAGUUCGCCGACUACCUCAUCGAAGGAAUACCAGACCGGCAGCUACGUACACGAGCAAGGCUACACAGUUUUGCGUCGGCAAACGAAGUCGUCAGGGCGUUCAGAUCAGUCACGUUGCCAGAACGUCCGGCAGCAAAACCACGCUCCGAUGAACGCUUCAGAUGCUACAAUUGCAACUGUUCCGGCCACUAUGCCAAAAAUUGCAGAAAGCCUAAGCGGGAAGCCGGAUCGUGCUACGCAUGUGGAGAGAAGGGUCACUACGCAACAGACUGCAAGCAGUACAAGAGGGAGAAGAAUACUUUCAAUGUCUAGUUGAUUCAGGCAGCCCAGUUAGCUUAAUAAAAGAAGUUGUGGUACCGUCAGGAGUGAAUUUCGAUGAAGUAAAUGAUUCGUACUACGGUUUAAAUAAAUCAGUUUUGAAUAUACUUGGAAAAGUUAAAUGUAUCGUCAAAGUUUUGAAUAAAGACGUUUUAGUUGAAUUCUUAGUGGUUCCUAAUGGGUGUAUUGGUUAUUCGGUGCUACUGGGUAGAGAUUUUAUUGAGGCAAGUAACGCUAAGUUAAAAAUCGGAAAUGUUGAGUUUAUGGAUAGGGUAGUACAAGUAGAGGCAGCUAAUGGUGUGAACAAU